AUGAUGCUAGCGCUGUCGGCAGUGCUACUGUGCUGCUUGGGAACGCUACAGAUGAUGAGGCGACUGCUCCCAGGACAACUACAAUACACAGACGCGUACUAUCUCGCCAGGAUAGUGCUAGACAAACAGAAAUUUCCAGUGAACACCACAUUCGUUAAUGAAGACAACAACAAUACGACGAUUCGAAUACAGAUUAAUAAACGACUUGUCGGUACCCAUGCACUGCAGAUGUGGCGUUUGGUGGAUCAAAAGAAGUACCAACAUGAUCCAGUUCUUACCCAUUUUAUGCCCUCCAUGUCGGCAGAAGAUCGGGAAAAUUAUAUGGUUACCUUGGAAACGUUUGUGCGGGUCUGUGAUCAGUCGCGUCUGACGUACUUCCUGUGGAGCGGCUCUCUUCUCGGGGCUUACCGUCACCAUGGAUUUAUUCCAUGGGACGAUGACGUCGACGUUGUCAUGAAUGGUUCUGAUUGGAGGAAAAUUAAAAACGUGCUGUCACGUGUUGAAGGGUACGAAUUGCUCGCUGAUAGUGAAGUUCAGUGGAAGUUCUUCCAGAAGGCUAUGGCACCCGUUUCAGACAAAACGUUUAAGUGGCCGUUCAUUGACAUCUUCUUCUUCACCGAAGAUUCGACUUAUGUAUGGGCUCUGACAUCAGCCAUCAAAACAGAAUUAGCCAAUCGGAAAGAUGAGAUAUUCCCGCUGAAGUUACGUCCCUUCGAAAAUCUUUACGCUGCUGUUCCCUAUAAAAUGGAGGACAUUGUCCAUCGUUUAUACGGAUUUCACGAGUGUUAUUCGUCGGAUUUCUCGCAUAAGUAUAAUGUAAAAAUGCAUCGUUCUAAACAAAAGAUCAUUCCCUGUACGCAGCUAUACAGCAUUUUCCCUUUUGUUUUCCGAGAAAAGAACCCAUAUUCAGGAAACAUCAUUGAAACGUUGAAACAAGGCAAUCAGACAUUGAAAACAGUCUCAGUAACACAAGUAAUCUGA